GCCCCAACAUCGCUGACACCGAUCGCGGACUCACUUGCAGUUUGAAUAUCCACGAAGAAGAAUACACAAAUGGACUUGAACAACUGCGGCUUCGUCGAUCCGCAGGCCCAGCUGAGCGACGCUCUGGCCAAGCGGGACAUCGGAAGAUUCAAGGCGGCCUUGGACAGCGGUGCCCAGGCCGAUCUCCAGGAUGAGCGACACACCAGCAUCUACGAGAAGGCGCUCUCCACAAAAGGAUGCCGGGAAUUCAUAGAGGCUUGCAUUGCCCACGGUAGUCAAGUGAACUAUAUCAACCAAAUGCUAAACAAAGCUGCUAUUAAUUUUGCCGCCGACUCGAGAGAUCCCGGCAACCUGGCCGCCCUACUCCAGAACCGUCCCGGCCUAAAGGUCCAUGUUGACCGCAAGUAUGGCCAGCUGGCGCCCCUCCACUCGCUGGCUAAGAAUCUCAGCGAGGAAAACGCCGUGGAUGUCCGGCAGUGCAUGCAGCUCCUGCUGGACUACGGCGCCUCGCCAAAUAUUGUCGACCAGUCGGACUUUACGCCCCUGCAUCACGUGCUGCGCAAGAACAAGGUGAAGGCGGGCAAGCUGGAGCUGGUGGAGCUGCUCCUCAGCCAGCCGAUGGUGGACAUUGAUAGCUAUCGCAAUGGAGAGGUCCGCCAGCUCCUGCAGGCGCAAUUUCCGCAGCUGCAACUCCCUCAGCAGCUGGAGAAGGGACCAGAGCUUGACUUACAGGCCCUGGAGCGCAUUCUGCGGGACGGCGAUGAGGCCCAGUUCGAACAGCAGUUUGCCGAGUAUCACCAGAACCUCAAGGGCCUGGCAGAUAACCAGCUCAAUGCCCACCAAGAGGAGUAUCUGCCCCUGCUGAAGGAAAGCAUCCAGAGGGGCAAGCAGAAAGCCUUUGAAGCCAUCCUCGCCACCGGCAUCAACGUCAACUCAAAGCCCAGCAAGGCCAACAGUGCAAGUCUCGUCGAGAUUGCCGCCAUUUGUGGCAACUGGAGAGCACUUUCUCGUCUGCUGGAAGACCCGCAGCUACGGAUCAGCUCCGACUCCAGGCUGCUGAACGCAGUGAUCAGCCACUUGGAGGAGGCGCCGUACGACAACUUUAAUUACCAGCAGUGCUUCGAGGUGCUUCUGGCCAGCGAUCGCGUAGACAUCAACGAGGCGGACCGCGCGGGUCUGGUGCCGCUCUUCUACGCGGUGAAGUAUCGCAAUACCCGGGCCAUGCAGGAAUUGCUGCAGCGUGGAGCUUACAUAGGUGCCAAGAGCGCCCUGGGAGACCUGCCGAUCGAAGAUAUGCCACCGGAUCUGCUCGAGGAACACCUGGAUUCUUGCAUCACCACGAACGGAGAGAAACCCGGCGAACAGGGCUUCGAGAUCAUCUUCAACUACAAGAACCUGAUCCGCCAGGAGAGGGACCCAGCCGCCGGCCAGGCGGGCAAUCCGCGCGCUCUUUCCCAUCGGCUUCACGACGAGAUGAUCCCCAUCGCCUAUAUUGCCGAGGCCAAGGAGCUGCGCCACCUGCUCCAGCACCCGCUGAUCUCGAGUUUCCUCUUCCUAAAGUGGCACCGCCUGUCCGUAAUGUUCUACCUGAACUUCCUGCUUUACUCGCUCUUCACCGCCUCCAUCAUCACACACACUCUGCUGAAAUUCCACGAAAGCGAGCACACGGCCCUCACCCAUCUGUUUGGCGCCCUGUCCUGGCUGGGAAUCGCCUAUCUAAUUGUCCGGGAGGUCAUUCAGUGGCUGAUGUCGCCGGUGCUAUACUUCUGGUCCAUCACCAAUCUCAUGGAACUUGUCCUGAUCUGCCUGUCGAUCCUCACCUGCAUCGAGUCCAGCUAUGAUCAGGAGACCAAACGCGUCCUGGCCGUGUUCACCAUCCUGCUGGUCUCCGUGGAGUUCUGCCUGCUGGUUGGCUCCCUGCCCGUGCUUUCCAUAUCGACGCACAUGCUCAUGCUGCGAGCCGUCUCGAGCAGCUUCGUCAAGAGCUUCGCCCUCUACUCGAUCUUCGUCCUAACCUUCAGUCUGUGCUUCUACAUCCUGUUCGGCAAGCCGGCAGUGGUGGAUCAGAUGAACAGCACCACUCCAGAUCCCACCAAGGAGCCGGAGGCGGAGGCUGACGGGGACUUCAACACGUUCACCAAGCCUAUCGAGGCCCUGAUCAAGACGAUCGUGAUGCUGACGGGAGAGUUCGAUGCGGGGGACAUCAAGUUCACCAGCAUCUACACCUACCUGAUAUUCCUGCUUUUCGUGUUCUUCAUGACCAUUGUCCUGUUCAACCUGCUCAACGGUCUGGCCGUGAGCGAUACUCAGGCCAUCAAGGCACAGGCGGAGCUGAACGGCGCCAUCUGUCGCACGAACAUGCUGAGUCGCUACGAGCAGGUCCUCACUGGCCACGGAAGCGCCGGCUUCCUGGUGAGCAACCAGCCCUUCAGAAGCAUCUACGAGAGGCUGAUGAACAUCUAUCCGAACUACCUGAGCCUGCGCCAGAUAUCCGUGCUGCCCAACGACGGCAACAAGGUUCUUAUUCCCAUGCAGGAUCCCUACGAGAUGAAGACGCUGAACAGCAAGCUGCAGGGCAGCUUCCAGCAAGUGCCCACCUCCAGUGCCUCACAGCCGCAGAAGAAGCUGCUGGAUCCGCCGCUCAAGCUGCUGCUACUGCCCUGCUGCUGCUCCAUGCUCACGGGCAAGUGUUCCCAGAUCGAUGGACGCACGGUCAAGCUAUCCCUCGCUCUUAUUGACCAGAAGAACACGGCGGAGCAGCGGCGCAAGCGGGAGCAGGUCAACGACCGACGACUCCAGCUCAUCGAGCACAAGCUGGAGAGUCUGCUGCAGCUGCUGCAGGAGCGCCACUGAGUGUCCACCGAGAAUAAGUAUUUAUUCCGUGCUUGCAUUUAACAGAGAGCCUGGAUAGGAAUAGAAGUUGCCUUUCCAGAAGAGGAGCCAACCCGAAUUAGUCGGAAAUUGUUUUUAUUAACAUACGAAUAAUGAAAUUGAACAAAACCCUUAAUAAUUGUCAGUAAGUAAGUUAGUAUAUAAUGGUUAUAUAGACAGUAAAUAUUGUAUAAACGAAUAAUCUUUACUGUACGUUCUCUUGUACCCAAGUAAAUAUAUAUUUAAUUUCAAAUGUUA